AACGAGAGGGGGGGAAACCCUAAAAGAAGAAAUUACAAGAGAUACAUUCACUUAAAGUUGAGGAUAAAGGACAAGAGAGAUAUCCUGGUUUCCUGCAGGGGGGAAGAACAAGACAAAAGAGCUGCUAUGAUUCUCUCCCUGGCCGCAGCAGCAGCCAUGAGUAGUGGCAGCAGUAGCAGCCUCAACUCCUCCUCCCCCCUCGACCCCUUCGAUUCCUCCACUUCCUGGAGCCUAGCCGAGGACCCCUCCAACUCCUCCUCUGAACCUGUCAUGCGAACUCUGACCCCUGACCUCCAGCCAGCGUCCACCGCCGUUGCUGUCCAGGAAGUCAGCCCGUGGGAUAUCGCACUUUGCGUGACCGGCACGCUAAUCUCCUGCGAGAACGCUCUGGUGAUCGCUGUGCUGUUCUACACGCCAACGCUCCGGGCUCCGAUGUUCAUCUUGAUUGGAUCGCUGGCGGUGGCGGAUCUUCUGGCUGGUCUGGGCCUCAUCUUGAACUUUGUCUUCACUUAUCUGGUUGAUAGCUCGGUGGAGUUUGUGACGCUGUUGUCAGUCGGACUGCUCAUCUCGGCCUUCUCAGCGUCUGUCCUUAACAUUCUCGCCAUCACAGUGGACCGAUACUUGUCGCUGUACAAUGCCCUGACCUACCACACUGAGCGGACAGUCACCUUCACCUACGUGAUGGUGGUUUUCAUCUGGGUGUCGUGCCUCACGCUCGGUUUGCUGCCAGCGCUUGGCUGGAACUGCUUGAGGGAUGAGUCCACAUGCAGCAUCUGUCGGCCCGUCACCAAAAACAACGCAGUGGCACUCGCCGUCACCUUCCUCCUGGUCUUUGCCCUGAUGAUGCAGCUCUACCUUCAAAUUUGCAAGAUUGCCUUUCGCCAUGCGCAACAGAUUGCAGUGCAGCACCAGUUUGUGGCCAUCUCCACCACCAAAGGUGUCUCCACAUUGUCGGCCAUCCUGUGUGCCUUCGGGGCGUGCUGGCUGCCGUUCGCCAUGUACUCCAUCGUGGCUGACUCCAGCUACCCUGUAAUAUACACCUACGCCACGGUACUCCCAGCCACCUGCUGCUCUGUGAUCAACCCCAUCAUCUAUGCGUUUCGAAACCCGGACAUCCAGAAGUCGCUGUGGAUGGCCUGUUGUGGGUGUGUCCCGUCCAACCUCUCCCUCAGACCCAGGACCUCCAGUGAUGUGUAGCAGGGAAGGUUGGUCUCUGUUUAGCAUGAUGCUAGAUGCCGAGUCAGGGUUGUAUGAGGAAGAGGAUGGAACGGGAACCAAGAGAUCAAGGGGAGAAAGGUCGAAGGUUAUGGCUGAGGAAAGCAAUUUCCUCGACUCCUCAUAUCAGGGCUGGUAGGCUGAUGGCGAACGCACGUCUGGCCACAGUAAAAGUGGCACUGGCACAGGGAGAAGGGGGUCGACAAAAAGAUAGAGCUAACGAAGAUCAUGGAGAAAACCAACAGCGUGAUGGAGGUGGUGUGAAACCAACUGCAAAGGAAUGAUUAAGGUAUCCUCAUGGUUGCGGGAGUUGCAGGAAGGUGUGUCAGGCGACUUUUCCAACUGACCUCCUUUAGGGUGUGAGAAGUGAGGCCUACUUCUCAAGAGUAGCAUAUAUGUGACGAUGGGAUUUAGGAAUAAAUAUCCUAAAUCUCCAUAGGACCUGAGCUUGGGCAGCACUGCAUGGUUAUGCAAUCAGAAGGAGUGAAGCAGUCUUAAAAUACUGUAUGUGUUUUCACUGAUGUGUUUUGAAAUUAAGUGGUGUGUGGAUAAAAAUACAAUGAGCUAAAUAUACACAAUGAAUGACCUUGAGUAUUCUCGGCAAGCUAUCUUUGCAGUCUUCUGAUAGGAAAAACAAGAAUCUCUCCUCCUUUGAAACAUAUUUUAACAUCUGUGUUCCCUUGAUCUGAUGCAAAUUGAGUAAUUAAUGGGUUUUAUAGGCAGAGAGCACGCAAGAAUGAUUCACUCUUCUGUGCCGAGAUUGAAACUAGAUGGUAUUCAUGAUCAUUGACAACGGUAGUCUACCAAGCCCUUUAUGAGUUUUCCCAAUUCCAACAGCACAAUGUGUCACAAUUCAGAGAAAAAACAUUAAAAUCCAAAAAUCUUAUCUACCCGGCUCCUAAUGCAUAGAUAACCCCCCACUAGUUUGCAAAACCUAGAGAGGGAUUUCCAUAUUUAGGCCGGCGUGUGUUGUCCUUGGCGUGAUGAAAUCAAAUCUGCUCCCAGUCGGAGAAAAAAAACCGAGUUUCUCAGCCAGCCCCUGCGCCGUGACUGUGAAGCAGAGAGAGCUGAAUUCAGCACCAAGGACAGCGCCACUGCAGAGCGCUGCUACCCUGGGA